AUGGUGAAGUGGGCGAUGGAACUCACACAAUAUAGCCUGGAAUACCGCCCACGGGCAGCUAUAAAGGGUCAAGCAUUGGCAGACUUUAUAGUGGAAUGCACCAUCCCCGAGGAGCCGGGCAAAUCAGAUAGGAAGCACAGAGACUGGGAAAUGUACAAUGACGGGGCGUCUAGUAAGAAGGGUUGCGGGGGCGGGGCAGUACUUAUAUCCCUGGAAGGCUUUAAGGCUUACCAAGCCUUCAGGUUUAAAUUCCCGGUGUCCAACAACGAAGCAGAAUACGAAGCCUUGGUAGGAGGGUUAAAAUUGGCCAAAGCACUCCAAGUGAGUAGCCUGACAAUCCGGUCCGACUCCAGGCUCGUGGUGGGUCACGUCAACAACCAAUUCGAAACUCGAGAGAACCGGAUGAGACAGUACAAGGAGGUGGUACAAAGGUUAUUGGCCGAUUUCGAGCGAUGGGAGUUGGUUCAAAUCCCUAGAGCUGAUAACGGAGAAGCCGACCUCCUAUCUCGAGUCACGCAGGGCUUGGAGGACCAUUUGGGGUAUGUCUCCCAGAUAAUCACCACUGUUGACAUAAGCGCACCCAGCAUCGAGAGGGAAGAAGUAUGUGCCAUCCACUCCACCCCGGACGAGUGGAUGAAUGAAAUGAUUCUCUAUAAAAAGCACAAGACUACCUCGAACGACUCGACGAGGGCGCGUAGGGUGGUGAACAUGGCCCCGUCAUAUCAAAUAAUAGACGACAACCUGUUUAAACUAUCCUUCGGGAGACCGCUCCUCCGUUGCCUGAGGAAGACCGAAGCAGACAAGGUACUCGCCGAGAUGCAUGAGGGGGUCUGCACGGCCCACCAGGGUGCCCAGACCCUAGCUCGAAAAAUCAUCCUCCAGGGAUAUUAUUGGCCUCGCCUAAGGGCUGAUUGCCUUGAAUACGUAAAGAAGUGCCCCGCGUGCCAACACUUCGCAAUACUCCCGGGGCGACCUGCGUCUUACUACACACCAGUGACAUUCGCUAUCCCCUUUGCGCAUUGGGGCAUGGAUCUAAUAGGGCCUUUUCCCAAGGGGGUAGGCGGCCUGAAGUUCAUAAUAGUGGCAGUGGACUACUUCACCAAGUGGGUGGAGGCUGAACCCCUCGCCUCCAUCACGGAAUAUCAAUGCCGAAAGUUCGUGUGGAAGCACAUAUUCACAAGGUUUGGGGUACCUCUGCAAAUCGUAUCGGAUAACGGGAAGCAAUUCGACAACAAAAACUUCGCUCGUUUCUGUGCAUACUACGGGGUGGAACACGUCAAGGCAGCAGUAGCUUACCCCAAGCUAAUGGUCAAGUAG